CAGAUCUAGAGAUCGAAGGAUGAAUGGCUUGUGUAGCUGUAGCUUCUCUUCUCAGAACAAUAGAGCUUGAAUUCUUGCAAUAUAAGCCUCGUCCACUUGCACUGCACUAUCAUCUCAUCUCUCCCAACAAAGACUUGAUCCAAUCUUUCCACCAAAACCUUGGAUUUCUCAUAACCCAAUUCGAUCAGAAAAGAAUCAAUAUGGAUGGUGUUGAAGCAGUUAAACACUUGGAAACGAAGCUCAGGGAUUUAGCGUUCAGAGUGGAAGAUGAAAUCGAAUUCCUAGUAGCACACCUUUAUGAUGAAGAGGAAGAUAAAGUCAAAAUAGCAGAUCUCGUUUUGAAAGAGGAAAAACCACAGAGGGACACAGAAGGGGAGAAGACUCAGCCUUAUUGUGUGAAACUUCAUCAAAUUUUUCAAAGUGCAAUGGAAGAAAUUGAAGCCAUCAAGGAAGAGUUGGUGAAAAUCAAGAAUAUGGACGAUGAAGGAAGAAAGACAGCCCAUGAUGUUCUACAAAGGUCUCAACUUCUUUCCUCCCAGCGUGCUUCACACUCCAAGGAACAAAUGAUCGGGAAAAAAGACGAGUUUGAGAUAAUCAAGAAGCUGCUAACUGAACUUGGACCUAAGGAAAAAAAAGUUGUAUCAAUUAUAGGUAUGGGAGGAAUCGGUAAGACAACUUUAGCCAGACAAGUUUAUAAAGAUACAUUAAUUUCUAAACACUUUGACGUGCGAGCCUGGGUUGUCGCAUCACAGCUUCACAAUAAGAGGCAAAUACUUGUAGGUCUUCUUAAUUCAAUUUCCAAACAAGGCAACCUAGAAAACUCUACUGAUGAUGAUCUUGCUUUAAAACUCUACCAAUGUUUAAAGCAUCAAAGGUACAUGGUUGUGGUUGAUGAUGUGUGGAGUCGUGAGGCAUGGGAUGAUGUUAGCAAUUGCUUUCCUGAUGAUGGAAAUGGGAGUCGAGUAUUGUUAACUACUCGUCUUGCAGUGGUGGCAAAUUCUACUAGCUCCAACAAUGACUAUACUAGUUCAGACAAUGACUUUUCUCAUCAUAUGCAAUUAUUAGAUCAAACUGAUAGUUGGAAUUUAUUUUGUGUAAAGGCGGAUAAAUCUCGUGGUGCUGAAUUUGAGAUAAUAUGGAGGCCAAUUGUUGAAAAAUGUAAAGGAUUGCCUCUAGCAAUAAUUGUAGUUGCCGGACUGUUCUCCAAACUCCACACACUAAAUGAUGGGGAGAAUAUUGCAAAAACUCUAGAUUCUUCUACAACAACAACUAUUGCGGCAACUUGUUCAAAAAUACUCUCACUGAGCUACAAUCACUUGCCUCACCAUUUAAAGGCAUGCUUUUUAUAUUUAGGGAUUUUUCCAGAAGAUAAUAUGAUCAAUGCUAAUGAGCUUUCAAGGUUAUGGUCUGCGGAAGGACUUGUAAAUGCAUCCGAGAAUGAAAACUUUGAUGUAGUGGCUGAAAGGUAUAUACAAGAACUUAUGGAUCGAAACCUAAUUCUUGUGAGCAAGUGGAGUUGUUGUGGAAGAAAAAUUAAAGUGUUUGGGGUGCAUGAUUUAUUGCAUGCCUUUUGUGUGAAAGAAGCUGAAAAGGAGAACCUUCUGCAUGUUGUUCGAGAAAAUGGUUCAGAUUUCCCUCAAAGAUACUUCCGUUGGGUAAGCAUACAAUCAUCAAAUUUUAAUGUGUCUACACUAUGCUAUUCAUCAAGAAGCUGUCGGUCCAUCUUUUGUUUUUCAAAAUGCAUAAGAUUAAAUUUGGAACAGUUCAAGCUAUUGAGAGUAUUCUUCUUUGCUAGCUAUUGGAUGUACAAAGAUAUUGUGGCUCUCGUCCAUUUGAGAUAUUUACCUCCUGCGCUUGCUGAUCAGAAUAUUAUGAAACUGUGCAAUGCUUGGAAUCUUCAAACACUAUAUAUUUGUGCAGAUGAUAGGAACUAUUUGGAGUUUCCACAACUGCAAUAUUUUUGUUGUUUACGUGUUACGGGACAUCCUCCCAAAUUUGUUCAUCAAAACUUGCAAAGUCUUUCUUGGUUGGAGCCUAAACAUUGCUCAAAAGAAUUCUUUACACAUGUUCCAAACGUAAAGAAGAUACGGAUUUCUGGUGAAAAAAGAGAGUGCAAUGAUUGCAUUGAGAACCUUGUCAGUUUACAGCAGCUGGAGAGACUGUAUAUUCAUGCUAAUGAAUGGCAAAAAAUGAGUCCAAACAUGAUCCAGAUUAACAGUCAUAUUGUUCUCUUGAAAAGCCUUAAGAGGUUAAAAUUUCAAAACAAUCGUUUUGAGUGGAAUGGAAUUAAUGUUCUUUGCAAGUUGCCUAGAUUGGAGGUGCUCAAGUUAAGAGCUGCAUGUGUAGGCGAGGAGUGGGAGCUACUAGAGGAUGACAUAUUCUGCGAGUUAAUGGUUUUGGAAAUUGGUCCAACUUAUCUCAAGGAUUGGAAAGCCACUAGUGAUCAUUUUCCAAAACUUGAGCACAUUUCUCUUUUUUCAUGCAAGAAAUUGAAAGAGAUCCCUAGCGGGUUUGCAGAAAUUGAAAGAUUGAAAUCAAUUCAAUUAAGGGGCUGCCUUCCUUCUGUGGUGGCUUCAGCCGAGGAAAUCAAAGAAGAACAACUUGAUUAUUUGAAUAAUAUUGUGGAUGUUGUUUGUGGCUGAGCAACGUGGCUACUCUGAUCUCCGGUUUCUGAGCUGAGUCUGAUGAAGCUUAGUUUGAUGAAAAUGAGUUUUUCCAGAAGAGCAGAAGGAGGAAAGCUUGAGAAAAAUUUGUAGCUAAGCACGUUUAUCAUUGUGAAUCAUAAAAUUUGACUUUGCAACAUUGUACUGUGUAUCUCUGAGUGAGAAAGCGUUGCAUCACUUUGUGCUUUAAAGCAGUUUAGACUCGUCCUUUAAUUUGUUGUGCUUUUUGCUUUAAAAACGUUUGUUUCUAUUUCAUUCAUAAGGUCAUGUGAUAUGCUUGAAGUUCAUUCAAGUAAAAAUUUGGGCU